AUGUAUUCCCAGACAGCGUGUUUGUUCCUGGUGGCCGCCCUGGCGGCGGCGGCGCCCCAGACCUACCAGGCUACGGGGGUGCUGGAGCCCGAGUCUUCAGACCUUGGCUCAAGGGAGAGGAUCGUCGCCGCCACCAUCGACAUUCUGCCAGAAUUAGCCGAAGCCUUCGAGCGAAUUGGAAUCGAUGGUUUCAGCGACGGUGAGCGAGGCCAGCAGGCGAUGUUGGAGUUCUUGCCUCUCACACGCAAGCUCUUGAAGGCCAGGGCAGACGCUGAGGGCACUGAAGUAAGGAAGGAGGACCUGCAGAGAGUCAACGCCGCCGAGGCUGUCAUGCCCGCAGUCAACGACUUCGUUAACAGACUCAGAAAACUGAACGUGUAUGGAUCCAGUGAUGCUCAGCAGUAAGAAUAAAUAUCAGUAACGUGUAUAAUGGACAUUUUAAAACGUCCAUUAUACAUAAAAUACAUUAUAGUAUGCAGACAAUUCUUAAAGUGUAACUUAUUUAUAAAACUGUAUUUAAUAUUGUCUCAAUAGAUUUGACUAGCAAUAAA